CUCCACGCACGCUCCGGCUGGUGGUGGAGCCCCAGCUCCCUCCUUCCCUCUCCUCAGCUGCCUUUUGUAAUGUUUUAAUGGGGUUUCUUUCCUGGGCUGGGCUGACUUAAUUACAAAGCUGCAGUGAGUUGAUGCCUUGUGACGGUCUAAUCCCAGCCCGGUGACUCUACAAAGCUUUCGCCCGGCUUCCUUCUUCUCCACUCCGGCCUCGCCAUCCCUGCUUCCACCUCAGCUCCGUGCACUCACCUGCUGAGGACAGUUCAGCUCUCCCUGCGUCCUGCUGCCGACAGAAGACAGAGGACAACAUGUCUGCAGUUACGGGCACGUUCCGGAUCGUGUCGGAGGAGGAGCAGGCGCUGCGCUCCAAGCUGGAGCGCCUCACCACCAAGGACCACGGCCCUGUCUUUGGGAGGUGCGAGAAGAUCCCCCCACACACCCUGCAGAAGGCAAAGGAUGAGCUGAACGAGACGGAGGAGAAGAGGGAGGUGGCGGUGAAGGCGCUGCGGGAGCUGGUGCAGGAGCGGGCGGGCGGCGAGGACGUUUGCCAGAAAGUGGCUGAGAAGGUGCAGGAGAGGGAUGACUCCUUCCUGCUCCGCUUCAUCCGGGCUCGCAAGUUCGAUGUCCACAGAGCCUAUGACCUGCUGAAAGGCUACGUGAACUUCCGCCAGCAGUACCCUGAGCUGUUUGACAACCUGAGCCCCGAGGCCGUGCGCAGCACCAUCGAGGCCGGCUACCCCGGCAUCCUGGCCAGCAGGGACAAGUACGGCCGGGUGGUGAUGCUCUUCAACAUCGAGAACUGGGAUUAUGAGGAGAUCACCUUCGAUGAGAUCCUUCGUGCCUAUUGUAUUAUCUUGGAGAAGCUGCUGGAGAACGAAGAGACCCAGAUCAAUGGGUUCUGCAUCAUUGAGAACUUCAAGGGCUUCACCAUGCAGCAGGCAUCAGGGAUCAAACCCUCUGAGCUCAAGAAGAUGGUGGACAUGCUGCAGGACUCCUUCCCAGCGCGGUUCAAGGCCGUCCACUUCAUCCACCAGCCUUGGUACUUCACUACCACCUACAACGUGGUCAAACCGUUCCUGAAGAGCAAACUGCUGGAGAGGGUCUUUGUGCACGGCGAGGAGCUGGAAUCCUUCUACCAGGAGAUCGACGCUGACAUCCUGCCAGCAGACUUUGGUGGCAACCUGCCCAAGUACGAUGGCAAAGCAACUGCAGAGAAGCUCUUUGGGCCUCGCAUCGAAUCUGAGGACACGGCUCUCUAAAGCAGGAGCCUGCUGCUCUCCCCCGUACCACAGCACCAGAGGUGGCCCUCUAACCCCAGCCACCUCCCUCCUGUAGCAUUGGUUGAGUGACUGCUCGUGCUGAAGCACCCUGGGUGUGUUGCUCCACGCCUGUCCCUCCUGUCCCCACUCCAGGCAGAGAGCUGUCCCUCCCAGGCACAGCAUCCUUCCCUUCAGAGCUGGUGGAGAAAGGAGGCAGCAGCCCCCUCGCACAGCGUUUCCUGGAGCUGCAAGGGGAGGACAGGAGAGUGUCUGCUCUGGGAAGGGAGGGCUACAGUGAGGGAGAAAUAAAGCAUUGAAAGCAGA